AUGGGGAUGAGGGCACAUGCGGAGAAGGCCGUUGCGCCCUCGGUGAAUAGCAACAAUGAUGAGAGCAAUAUGCGCACAUGCGACACAUCGGAACAGCAGUCCGGAGAAAAACAUUCAGAGGAGCCAACCUUCGAUACAGGCGUCCUGGCAUGGCUGCAGGUCGUUGGGUCAUUCUUCCUAUUCUUCAACUCAUGGGGUGUGAUCAAUACAUGGGGCGCUUUCCAGGCAUACUAUGAACAAAAUCUUCUCUCCAAUGUUUCGUCAUCGUCCAUUGCCUGGAUUGGAUCUCUGCAGUCGUUUCUUCUGAUGCUCUUUGGAGUAGUGACCGGCCCGUUGUUUGAUGCCGGAUACUUUCGAGCUCUGGUCAUAUUUGGCAGCGUCGUGCUUCCAUUUGGCUUGAUGAUGACCAGUAUCUCUUCGCAAUAUUGGCACUUGAUCCUCUGUCAGGGAAUCUGUAUCGGCCUGGCUGCUGGAUGCCUAUUCGUUCCCUCGGUUGCUAUUCUUCCCCAGUACUUCAAGCGGAAGCGAGGAUUAGCCAACGGACUGGCAGCCUCAGGCAGCAGUAUUGGGGGGGUGGUCUAUCCAAUAAUGUUCAAUAAGCUGCAGGACCAAGUUGGAUUUGCGUGGGCGACUCGCGCACUGGGCUUCGUAGCUUUCGGAACCUGCUGCAUCUCCCUAUCACUCAUGCGCAUGCGAUUUCUGCCUACCGAGAAACGCAAGUUGGUCCAGCUGUCUGCCUUUAAAGAACCAGCGUUCAUGAUGUUCGCCGUUGCCAUGUUUCUGGGCUUCCUGGGCUUCUACAACUUCCUGUUCUACGUGCAGUCCUAUGCCAUCGACACGGGUAUCGUCGAUGCGAACCUGGGGUUCUAUCUGCUCUCCAUGCUUAAUGCUGCAGCCACAGCUACGGCUGUUCUAGCCUUUGCCUGGAUUGGCGUGCACAAUGUGCCCGGCAUCAUUGUUCUUGCCGUCCUGUACGGUCUCUGCUCCGGUGGGUUUGUCUCACUCCCACCGGUAGUCAUGGUCACUUUGACGAAAGAUAUCCGCGACCUGGGUACUCGUCUUGGCAUGGUUUUCGCCACGACCUCGAUUGGUUUGCUGAUUGGAACACCAAUUGGUGGAGCCAUCAUGAGUGAUACCCAUAAAUACCUCGGGGUUCAACUCUUUACCGCUUGCUGCCUCAUCACGGCAGGCGCUAUUUUGGGGGCCCUGCGAUUCUCGCGUACUGGGCCCCGGCUGCUCGUCAGAGCAUGA